ACAAGCUACUGGACCAGGACGGUGGGCCGAGUCAAAUUUUCCAUGUUUUUCUGAGCCUCCAAAGCUGCCGCAAAAAUGUCCAAAAUUGAGAUGCUGAGGCUUUUGAUCAACCAGCGGCUCACUGCGGCUGCAGAAGAGAUUUUUGGCGUGUUUGGGAGGACCAUUGCAGAAUAUGAAGAGGAAAUAUCCCGGUCGAAGCAAGAGAUUGACCGCCAGCGCCGGCUGCUGGACCUCUCCAAGAAACCGCAGAUUUUCCUGCAGGUCGACAGGCCAGUCGUCUCAGAGCAGCAAGAGUGGAGUCCCAGCAUGGAUCUGAAUGAAGAGGCGUCUCCUCAAAUCAAAGAAGAGGAAGAAGAUCUGUGGUCAGAUCAGCAGAACCAAAUGACUCAGACAUCCAAGCUAAACAAUGUCAGUUUUGUAGUUUUACAGAGCAGUGAUAUGAAUAAGCAGCAGGACAAUGGCUACAGCGACUCCACGGUUCCAAAGUUUCUAAACCAGGAUACGGAGGAUUUGGAGCUGGAACCACAGCCAGGUACCUCAUUGCAGCUAUCUUCCCCAGCACUUAGUGAAGAUGAACCUGGAGCUUCUGAGCUGACAUCAGGCAAUGGCCAGGUUGACUGUGGGGAAGCACCCCUGCCAGAGAAUGUGAACUCAUACAAUUGCACCAUUUGCGGCCGGGCAUUUGCCCAGCGUGCUCAGUGGGCCAAACACGUGCAGGUGCAUCGGAAAGUUGACACAAAAGCUGACAAGUCAUACACGUGCGAUAUUUGUGGAAAGAGACUCACACGAUUCGAUGGCUACCAGAAACACUUACGGGUCCACACGGGUGAGAAGCCAUACUGCUGCGACUUCUGUGGUCGCAGGUUUAGCGACAACUCCAAUUACAAACGACACAUUCGUACACAUUCAGGACAGAAAAUGCAGCAGAGCUGAGGCGGCAGGACAAAAACUCAGGCUGCUGUUACCCAGCAGUCACACAAUCAGCCAAGACAUUUUUACUGUUAGUGGAUUGUUUGUGAAUAUAUUCAGACGUGUGUGUCAUUUGUCUUGGACUAUCUUUUCUGUGAAACGUAAGGGAACUUUUUACCAACUAGUUCUGGUUAACUUUGUUUUGUUGGGACUGAAUCUUGUUUGGUUAAACUUUUGAUGGAUUAAAGCAUCAGCAUUUAUUUUUGGACAGAUUACUGGACGAGCAUUGGACAAUGUUAAUGAUUUAUUCCAUUUUUGUUCAACUUAAUAAGACAAGUUCUUUAUUUGUAUCUUAAACAAUUUAACAAACAGCUGUUAAAAGUGCUAUUAGGAUUCAUCAAACAUUUCUUACCGUUUCUACAAGUUUGCAAUUUACUGUAAUUUUAGAUUAUGGAUCGAAACGUUCUUUCAGGCUACGUAUGACCCCCCCCGACACCCCACCACCACCACAUCAUUUGUAGAAAAAGAAAAGAAAAAAAAUCCAUCCACACUUAACUGCAUAAUUGCGUUGUUAAGCACAUUCAUAGACAUGCCAAACCUUUAGACCAGGGGUGUCGAUCCUCGAGGGCCGCUGUCCUGCAUAUUUUCCAAUGUUUCCUGCAUCAACACACCUGACUCAAAUGAAAUGGAUCCAACAGCCUAUUAAGUUUUGCACAAUGAUUCAUCAAUUUGAGUCAGGUGGUUUUGGAGCAGGGACACAUCAAAAACCUGCAGGAAUUUGGACCUGAGCUGGACAACCCUGCUUUAGACAGUGGGACGGACCCCAAAUCGUAUCCAGUCUCAAUAACCUUCCAUGUCUCGGCAUCACUACCAGAAAACAUGGCGUCUUUAACAAAGAAUGUGCCUCAGACGUGGAAUGACUUGGUAGCGGAAAAUAACCGUCCUUAAUGUCGUCCUUCGCCUGUGGUCUUCUACGUAGAGCAGUACUUAAGCUUGUAAAUACAAGCAAGCAAAAAGCGCCCGGACAAUCGAUAACAUCAACACAGUUUUGAGGGCAUCAUUCGUUUUACUGAAUGUAAACACAGCUCACACGGUUUUUAAAAGAAUCGGUUGUAAUGCGGUGAAUCUGUGUUUUCGUAUGGAUGGCAGGCCACAUCGUGGAAAAUACCUUUGUUUUGUGAGAGACCAUGCUACGUGUUGACAAGGCCUCAGUAAGGAUGUUUUUGUUAUUUGUUCAUGUAAGUAAGACAGAACACAACAUGUUUUUUUUACAGCAGGACAUGUUAAAGUCUGAAAUUAGUAUUUAAAGAUGUCAGGAAUGUUUGAAUCCCAGUUUAGGAUGUCACCUCACAUAAACACAGCUCCUCACACGGUCAAGGAUAUCAGUAUAUGUAUUGCUUUAAAAAGAGCUGUAUCACAUUUAUUAAGUAUUAAAGUCGUGUGAUUUUUAUUUUUUUUAUAACUUUUUUUCACUGAUUCCGUAGCCUUUGUUUCACCAAAGUAUCCAGAAAGUCUCUCAUUUUUCUCUUGAUGAAGGAGACCGUGUUUUACGUAUAAGCUGGAAGCUGCUUUGCUUCUGUUUUUUAUUGUCCUUGCUUGUCUGAUUUUUUUUAUAAACUACUAUUAGAGAUUUUUUUAGAAGUUGACAUUGAAGAUGCUGUCAUAUAUCAGUUUGUGGGAUAUCUUGAGGCAGAGUGUUGAAAAAAAUAUGUAUCUUGGAUAGCUAUGUUGUCUUAAAAUCCAUAAAAUUAACCUGUUUGGAAUAUAAAUAGUUUUUCUUUAAUUUGCUAAGAGUUGUUUUGAAUAAAACACCACUGUAACUAAUGAAAACCAUUCUUUUGACAGACAAUCCUAGACUUUUUUUUUCUAUUUACAGUCCCCAAAAAGUUGAGCCACAAGUAAAAGCAGGGUAUAAUAUUCAGGAAAUCUCAUAAACCAAUAUAUUUUUUCUCAGUAGAAUAUAUCAACCUGUUCUUCAUGAGGUCUAUUUCUUCUUGCUUCCUGUCCAAAAUAAAAUAUCUUCACAACCAUAAGAGCUGCAUGUAUAAGCUUGGUCUCAAAAGAAAGUCAAGACAUGACAUGAGAUAACUACAGAAGUGUUGGAAUCAAAUUAUGUGUUGCUGUGACAGUAAAUUCAAUUGGAAUACAGUUGGAAUAUUUAAUGGUCAUCGCCUUCUAAAAUAAAACCACCUUUUAAUGAAAACUAGAGGAUAGCAGCCAAUUAGUCCAGGAAUUAGCAAUGACUGAUGAGUAAAUGCAAAAUUAUAAGUUGAAAAGUGAACCUGAACAGUUUUACAGAUGUUUUAAUGGAGGUGAUAAAUACCUGAAACACCCUCAGCUGGUUUGAUUAUCAGUCAUCAGGAGAAUCCAGGAAUUGGCCCCAAAUACACCUUAGAAACACCAUGCGAUCCAGAAAGAAGUGAUCCCCAAGAUAGCAAAUCAGAGUGAAUACUUUACUAUAAGACCCUCUUUUUGGCAACUACUAGGAUCUUUAAGAUUAGUUUCAAACGAAGGCAGAGUCAUAGAACACAUUAGCAGAGUUUAUUCGAGCAGGUUUGUGGUAUUUGACCACAAACCUGCAAAAGUAAGACAUGAUUUAUGAUUGUGAUUCUUUUUUUUUUUUGUAUUCUUUUUUUAUUUGCUACCCUUGCUAGCUCAGUUUUUCUCCCACAGUGAUGAGACAAACCCUGUUAUAGUAAGCAGGCUCUGCUUUCACAUGAUAUCUUGUUAGUGUG